GGAGGCGGCCGGGGGUCGCCAUGGCCACGGAGCGCAGGUGAUGCACCCGGCCAUGGCCGGCCCCGAGCGCUGGAGCCCCGCGGGUCCCGCGGCCACAGAGCCCGAGCAGCUGAGCCCCGAUGAGCUGGAGCUGCUGGCCAAGCUGGAGGAGCAGAACCGGCUGCUGGAGGCCGACUCCAAGUCGCUGCGCUCGGUGAACGGCUCGCGCCGCGGCAGCGGCUCCUCGCUGGUGUCCAGCUCCUCGGCCUCCUCCAACCUCAGCCACCUGGAAGAGGACACCUGGAUCCUCUGGGGCCGCAUCGUCAGCGACUGGGACGAGUGGAGGAGGAAGAAGGAGAAGCUGCUCAAGGAGCUGAUCCGGAAGGGGAUCCCGCAGCAUUUCCGUGCCGUGGUGUGGCAGCUGCUGUGCAGCGCGGCCGAGCUGCCGCUCAAGGCUCGCUACUCGGAGCUGCUGCGCAUGAGCUCGCCCUGCGAGCGCCUGAUCCGCAGGGACAUCGCCCGCACCUACCCCGAGCACGACUUCUUCAAGGGCCAGGACAGCCUGGGCCAGGAGGUGCUCUUCAACGUCAUGAAGGCCUAUUCCCUGGUGGAUCGGGAGGUCGGGUACUGCCAGGGCAGCGCCUUCAUCGUGGGACUGCUCCUCAUGCAGAUGCCCGAGGAGGAGGCGUUCAGCGUCUUCGUGCGCCUGAUGCAGGAGUAUCGGCUGAGGGAGCUCUUCAAACCCAGCAUGGCCCAGCUGGGGCUCUGCAUCUACCAGUUCGAGUUCCUGCUGCAGGAGCAGCUGCCCGAGCUGAACGUGCAUUUCCGCUCGCAGAGUUUCCUGACCUCCAUGUACGCCUCGUCCUGGUUCCUCACGCUCUUCCUCACCACCUUCCCCCUGCCCGUGGCCACGCGCGUCUUCGACAUCUUCAUGUACGAGGGGCUGGAGAUCGUGUUCCGUGUGGGGAUGGCGCUGCUGCAGCUGAACCAGGCGGAGCUGGUGCAGCUCGACAUGGAGGGGAUGUCCCAGUAUUUCCAGAAGGUGAUCCCUCACCAGUUCGACUCCUGCCCUGACAAGCUGAUCCUGCGCGCCUGCCAGGUGAAGUACAACCCCCGCAGGAUGAAAAGGCUGGAGAAGGAAUACGCCGCUCUCAAGAGCAAGGAGAUGGAGGAGCAGAUCGAGAUCAAGCGCCUCCGUUCUGAGAAUCGUUUGCUGAAGCAGCGAAUUGAGACCCUGGAGAAGGAGAGCGCAGCCCUGGCCGAUCGCCUCAUCCAGGGCCAGGUGACACGGGCGCAGGAGGCCGAGGAGAACGACGUCAUCCGGCGGGAGCUGGCACUGGUGAGACAGCGCUGCAGCACGGCCACCGAGAGCCUGAGACGGGCACAGAGCACCAUCCGAGAGCUGCAGGUGUGACAGGGUAACCCGCGCCUGACCGAGGAGUUCGUGGCACACCUGGAGACGGAGCUGGAGCGGUCGCGGCUGCGCGAGAGCGAAACCCUGGGAGCGCUCAAGGAGAUGCAGGACAAGGUCCUGGACAUGGAGAAGCGCCAGCCGCUGCUGCCGGACGAGUCCAGCGUGGUUCGGCUGCAGGAGGAGCUGCAGGAGCUGGCCCUGAGUGACCUGGGGGACACCUGGCAGGUGUGCGGGGGUCGCUGGAAGGAGCCGCGGGAGCUGCACGAGGCCGUGCUGGGAGUGCAGCUCCGAGAGAGCCAGGCCCAGGUGGAGCUGAGGGCACUGAGACAGAGAGUGCUGCACCUGGAGACACAGGGCCGGAUCCAGAGGUCGGUUCUAGGCCGGGCUGAGCAGGCCUGUGCUGGCCUGAGGGAGCAGCUCCGCGCCGCGGCCGCCCAGAGCCAGGGGCUGCAGGCACAGCUCAGCGAGAGCCAGCGGAAACACGCGGAGGCACAGUGCAAGAGCAAGGAGGAGGUGAUGGCCGUGCGGCUGCGCGAGGCUGACAGCAUGGCUGCUCUGGCUGAGAUGCGCCAGCGCGUGGCUGAGCUGGAGAUCCAGCGGGAGGAGGGGCGCCUGCAGGGCCAGCUGGAGCACUCGGACGCUGCGCAGUACAUCCGACACCUGAGGGGACACAUCCGGGAGCUGAAGGCUGAGAUCCGGCUGCUGCGGGGGCCACUGUCCUUCGGCGCGGUGGCCUUGGGGACACGCCUGGGGGACGAGGACUCGCUGGGCUCCUCGGACGAGGAGCUGCCACCUCCCUUCGCCCUGACCCCGGGGGACAUCGGGGACAGCAGUGACAGCGAGCCCGAGGAGCCACCACCGAGGAGCCACCAACAGCACCGUGACCCCAGGGGACAUCGGGGACAGCCUGAGGUGGCACCAACAGCACCAUGA